AUGGCGAGUCACCAGUUAGCUGACUCUUGCAAAGAAAACAGAGCAGACCUGGUGUUAUUACAGGAACCAGUGAUGUCGCAAGGCAAAGUUGUUGGCUUCGAACAGUACAGACAGGUCCAUUCAGGCAAUAAAGCCGGUGCUGCCAUCAUCAUAUUGAACAAUGAAUUGCAGGUGCUCAGCCUAGAGCAGUAUAAGACUCACUAUACUGUAGCUGUUAGCAUAGGUGCAAGAGACCAGGCAGUCACAGUCGUUUCCUCAUAUUUUAAGUACUCAAUGCCAACCAAUGGCUUUAUCGAGCAACUCCGGCCGAUACUCGAAGUGAAUGGGUAA